UCCACACACACAUCCGGUCUUCGCACAUACACAUAGAAAAUUUGUUUCGGAUUUCACGUUCAGAGUCUGGUGCAAAUGUUUCGUUUGCGCGGUGCAAGUUUUCAUCGAUAAACGAUAAGGAAAAAAAAUGGUACCUCUCGGCCCAUCACCUGGGCAUCAAACCUCCGUCAACAAUUCUUCCACUACGGCCGCUAGCGGGACAAAAAGCAACGCGAUACUAAAACCCAAUUAUACAUUAAAAUAUACUUUGGCUGGUCAUACUAAGGCAGUUUCAUCUGUUAAAUUUAGUCCCAAUGGAGAAUGGUUGGCAAGCUCCGCUGCUGAUAAGCUUAUUAAAAUCUGGGGAUCUUAUGAUGGAAAGUUUGAAAAGACUAUAUCAGGUCAUAAACUUGGUAUUUCGGAUGUAGCGUGGUCCAGUGAUAGUAGAUUACUAGUAUCAGCUUCUGAUGAUAAGACUUUAAAAAUAUGGGAAUUAAGUUCGGGUAAAUGUUUAAAAACAUUAAAGGGCCACAGUAAUUAUGUUUUCUGUUGUAAUUUUAAUCCACAAUCCAAUCUCAUAGUUUCUGGUUCUUUUGACGAAAGUGUACGUAUUUGGGAUGUUAGAACUGGAAAAUGUCUCAAAACUUUGCCAGCACAUUCAGAUCCUGUAAGCGCAGUGCAUUUUAAUAGGGAUGGCUCUCUAAUUGUCUCAAGUAGCUAUGAUGGAUUAUGUCGAAUUUGGGACACUGCCUCGGGGCAAUGCUUGAAAACAUUGAUAGAUGAUGACAAUCCUCCGGUGUCAUUUGUCAAAUUCUCACCAAAUGGAAAAUAUAUUUUGGCAGCUACGCUGGAUAAUACAUUGAAAUUAUGGGAUUAUAGUAAAGGGAAAUGCUUAAAAACAUAUACAGGCCAUAAGAACGAGAAGUAUUGUAUCUUCGCAAAUUUUUCUGUAACAGGUGGAAAGUGGAUUGUAUCAGGAUCUGAAGAUCACAUGGUAUAUAUUUGGAAUCUACAGACAAAGGAAAUUGUACAAAAGUUACAGGGACAUACAGACGUGGUACUUUGCACAACAUGUCAUCCAACGGAUAAUAUCAUAGCUUCGGCCGCUCUUGAAAACGACAAAACCAUUAAACUGUGGAAAAGUGAUACAUAAGGAAAUUCACUUUACUGUUACUUAUCUCCUGUACAGAUCUUUAUUUUUUAUUUGCAGAGAAAUUAUUACAUUGUAAAACAGCUCAUAAUCAUUUCAUUGUAUAA